AUGGCGCUCCAGAAUCCCGAGGUCCUCAAUCGAAUCUUCAGCGAGCUCAGAUCCAAGAAUGACGAAGUGAGACUAAGAGCGGCAUUCGAUUUACGCAGCCACGUUUCUACGGUAGCAAGAGAGCUUUCGCGAGAUACAUUCCAGGAUUACUACUCGCAUGUAAAUUAUCGAAUCUCUCAGCUUAUCACUCAGAGCAACGAUACCACUGACAAAAUUGGAGGCAUACUUGCAAUUGAACAAUUGCUUGGUUUCGACGGCGACGACCCUGCGCAAAAGACUACUCGCUUUGCGAGCUAUCUACGGAGCGCUCUUCGCAGUAAUGAUAACACAGUGCUUUUGUUUGCCGCAAGAGCGUUGGGCCAUUUGGCUAUACCUGGAGGAGCUCUCACUGCAGAGCUCGUGGAAGCAGAAGUCCAGUCGGCAUUAGAAUGGCUUCAAACGGACCGGCAAGAGAAUCGUAGAUUUGCCGCAGUACUCAUCAUACGAGAACUUGCAAGGAACUCACCAACGCUGUUUUAUUCAUUUGUCCCCCAGGUAUUCGAUUGCAUCUCAGUCGCUCUCCGAGAUUCGAAGGUCAUGAUCCGGGAAACGGCAGCAGAGGCAGCAGGCGCUUGCUUUGAAAUUAUUGCUGCACGAGAUGCGAUGAUGCGGAAACAAUGGUUUCAGAAAGUCUACGAUGACACACAAGGGAACUUGAAGUCGACAAAUCCAGAUUACGUUCAUGGCGGAUUGCUCACUCUGAAGGAGCUUCUCCUCCGAGGGGGGAUGUUCAUGCGGGAUCAUUAUAGGGAGGCUUGCGAUGAUACCCUCCGCCUGAAAGAUCACAGAGAACCGCGCAUCCGUGCCUUGGUGGUCUACGUCACGCCAAUCCUCGCCGGCUAUGCACCAGAGUUGUUCGCCCAAACCUAUCUCCACAAGUUCAUGAUAUUUUUGCAAGGCCAAUUGAAGAAGGACAAGGAACGAAACGACGCUUUCGUUGCCAUUGGGAAGAUUGCGCAUGCUGUGGGAAGUGCUAUCACCCCCUACCUUGACGGUAUCAUCGUCUUUGUUCGCGAGGGCUUGAGCGUGAAAGCGCGCAACCGCCUUGGCGUGAACGAAGGGCCUGUCUUCCAGUGCAUAAGUAUGCUGUCUAUCGCGGUGGGCAUGGCGAUGACGAAAUAUAUGGAGGCCCUCCUAGAUCCUAUGUUUGCUUGUGGGCUCAGCGGGGCCCUCACCCAAGCUCUUGUCGACAUGGCACACUAUAUUCAACCCAUCAAGCCGCAGAUACAAGAAAAAUUACUGGAUCUACUAAGUCUUGUACUAUCUGGUCGCCCUUUCAAGCCUCUGGGCUGUCCUAAUGAUAAAUUGCCUCCCGUGCCUGCUUUCGCAAAGGACUUCAACCUCAACGUGGCCGACCAUAAGGACUCUGAGAUUGCGCUUGCCCUAGAUACUCUCGGUGCCUUCGAUUUUGGCAAUAUAGUGCUGAAUGAAUUUGUUCGCGACGUAGCAAUUCAUUACACGGACAACAGCAGUCCACGUAUACGAAAAGCGGCUGCGCUGACAUGCUGUCAGUUGUACAUUCACGAUACCAUUAUACAUCAGACGAGCUUCCAUGCUAUCAAAGUGGUCGGUGAUGUCAUUACGAAAUUACUCAAUGUUGGUGUUGCCGACCCAGACUCCGACAUUCGCCGUACAGUCCUGCAGGCUUUACACGAUAAAUUCGACAAACAUCUGGCAAAGCCUGAAAGCAUCAGGACCCUCUUUCUAGCGGUGAAUGACUCUAGUAUGGAGGUUCGCCAGGCAGCUAUCAUCAUCAUCGGGCGCUUGACAGAAGUCAACCCUGCACACGUCUUUCCUUCUUUGAGGAAGCUGCUGGUGAAUCUCAUUAUGGGGAUCCGCAAUUCAAAUGACGCUAAACAUGCUGAAAACGGGGCGAAACUUAUUGGUCUGGUCAUUGCAAAUGCUUCCAAGCUUGCAAAACCCUACUGCAGCUCUCUCGUCGAUGUACUUGCUCCGAAGGGAGCCGAUCCAAACCCUGUUGUGGCCACGGCGACCCUCACGGCCAUUGGUCAGCUCGCGACUGUCGGCGCAACAGACCUGACUAAGUACAUCCCUAGGCUGAUGGAGAGCAUUAUGAAAGCUUUGCAAGAUCACAGCUCUCAUAGCAAGAGAGAUGCAGCGCUACAAACACUGGGCCAGAUUGCCAGUAAUUGUGCAUAUGUCAUACAGCCAUAUAGUGAUUAUCCGGAAUUGCUAGACUUGCUUAUCAACAUCAUAAAGACUGAACCUCAAGGCUCGCUCCGGAAAGAAACCAUAAAAGUUCUCGGUAUUCUUGGUGCUCUUGACCCUUACAAACAUCAGCAGAUAAAGCAAAUUACUUCUCUAGCACGAGUGCAAGAAUCCGAGGGCACUGUAUCGGAUGUAAGCUUAGUGAUACAAGGCAUGACCCCUUCACAAGAGGACUACUACCCUAAAGUCGUCUUUAUGACAUUAAUGCACAAUGUGCUGCAGGAUACUUCUCUGGCUCAGUACCACUCGGCAGUUAUUGAAGCCAUUGUCUCGAUUUUCAAAGCUCUAGGAUUACGCUGCAUACCCUAUCUUACUGAGAUCAUCCCAAGUUUUGUUGCUGUCAUACAGUCCACGGGAGGCAGUCGAGUUGAGGCAUACUUCAACCAGCUGUCGAUUCUUGUAUCUAUAGUAUCUGUACAUAUCCGGAAUUACGUGACGCCUCUUGUCAGCUUGGUGGAGCAAUUCUGGAAGCCCGAAAACCCUCCAAAUAUCUCGCUCAUGAGUCCAAUUCUAGCUCUUAUCGAGUCCUUAGCCCGAGCCUUAGGAAGUGAAUUUAAAAGUCGCAUCACUCGACUAUUGCCGCUGCUACUCAACAUUCUAGAAAAUGACGUGUCAAAUAGACGUCAAGCAUCUGAGAAGGUCUUACAUACACUGCUAGUCUUCGGCCAAAGUGCAGAAGAGCACAUGCAUCUUAUCAUUCCAGCCCUGAUCGAUCUGUUCCAAAAGCAUACGAAUCCGGUGAAUAUCCGGAAAGCCGCCAUUGAAACGAUAGGGAGGAUCUGCCGCCAGGUCAACAUCUCCGAUUAUGCAUCAAUGAUCAUUCACAAUCUUGUAGACAUUCUUGCUGGUCGAGAUUCCACCACCAAAGCAGCGGCCCUGGAAUGCCUGUGCACGUUCAUUACACAGAUUGGGCCAGAUUUCCUUCUCUACGAAAAGACUGUGGAAAAGGUGCUCGUGGCCAAUCAUGUGCCUCAUCAUAAUUAUGAAUUGCUUGUCAACAAGCUAAAAAAAGGAGAGCCCUUGCCCCAAGAUCUUAGCCCUGAUGACAUGUACGGCAACGCAGGAGAUGAAGCUCAAGUGACUGAUAUUGGCCACAAGAAGCUGCCUGUCAAUCAAGAACAUCUUAAAAACGCCUGGGAAGCAUCGCAGAAGUCGACUCGUGAGGACUGGCAAGAAUGGAUGCGGCGCUUCAGCAUCGAGCUGCUUAGAGAAUCCCCCUCACAUGCACUCAGAGCAUGCGCAGUCUUGGCAACUGUCUACCCGCCGUUGGCUAGAGAUCUGUUCAAUUCCGCUUUCGCAUCCUGCUGGCCAGAAUUGUAUGAUCAAUAUCAGGAUGAACUUCUCAAAUCUUUCGAGACUGCGCUUGCCUCUCCUCAUAUUCCACCUGAGAUAUUACAGAUACUGCUCAAUCUCUGCGAGUUCAUGGAACAUGAUGAUCAUGCUUUGCCUCUAGACAUUCGUCAACUAGGAAAAUACGCAGCAAGGAACCACGCUUUCGCCAAGGCACUUCAUUACAAGGAGCUUGAGUUUGAAGAGGAGAAGACCCCAAGCACUGUCGAAGCGCUGAUAUCAAUCAAUAACCAUCUGCAGCAAUACGAUGCUGCAGUUGGCAUCCUUCGUAAUGCCCAAAAAUAUCGAGAUUUUGAGCUCAAGGAGACCUGGUUCGAAAAAUUGCAGCGCUGGGAUGAAGCUCUUGCCGCCUACGAGCGUCGAGAAAAAGUCACUCCAAAUGCCUUUGAUGUAACCAUGGGUAAGAUGAGGUGUCUUCAUGCACUGGGGGAGUGGAACAGUCUCUCGAGUCUUGCCGAGCAGAAAUGGAGCCUAGCAUCAAUAGACCAUAAGCGUGCAAUCGCUCCUUUAGCGGCAGCAGCGGCUUGGGGCUUGGGCCAGUGGGAACUCAUGGAUAAUUAUCUGGACGGCAUGAAAUCCCAAGCACCAGACAAGUCCUUCUUCAGUGCAAUUCUUCAGAUACAGCGCGAGAAUUACACCCAAGCAGCAACGCACAUCGAACGAGCGCGUGAAGGUCUUGACACCGAACUGAGCGCACUACUCGGCGAGUCUUAUAAUCGAGCGUAUAGUGUUCUUGUUCGCAUACAAAUGCUUGCUGAGUUAGAGGAGAUUAUCACAUACAAGAAAUUAGGGAAGGACAACAGGAACCCCGAAAAGCAAGAGGCGUUGCGAUUGACAUGGACCAAACGACUUAAGGGUUGCCAGCAGAAUGUUGACCUCUGGCAGCGAAUGCUAAAAGUACGGUCGUUGGUAUUGGAUUAUUCAGACGAUAUUGAUAUGUGGAUCAAAUUCGCCAAUCUUUGUCGCAAAUCUGGUCGAAAUGGACUGGCGGAACAGACGCUGCGGCAAUUGCACGACGUUGCCAAUCAACAGUUUGGAAUGCUCGAGAAUAGCCAGUCAAAACUUGCACAGGAUCCAUUCGGUGUACCUGAGGUGAAGUAUGCAGGCAUUAAAUUUAGAUGGUCAAUUGGUGAACAAAAACCAUCCUUGCGCCGUCUCCGAGACUUCACUGCCGAUCUAGCUCAUCAACUGAAUACAUAUAUCAGCAGCUCCGGUGCCCUUACGCAGGAUGGGCGUGCUGGUAACUUGCCCGGCGUGUCAUCCCCAGGCCCCAGUGGGUAUCAACCUCGAGAUCUCCCACGCAUCAAGAGACUGCUCGCGAAAUGCUACGUAAAGCAGGGUGAAUGGCUUACGGCGGUCAAGUCUGGGGAUUGGCAAUCUGAGCACAUUCACUCCAUUAUCGGGGCAUAUGCUCAAGCGACCGAAUACAACAGGGAUUGGUAUAAAGCUUGGCAUUCUUGGGCGAUUGCUAACUUCGAGGUGGUGACGGCCAAAACCGUGGCCGCUAAGAGGGACAACGCAACCUUUCAAUCGGCUACUAUCAUUGAUCACGUGGUCCCUGCUAUACAAGGCUUCUUUCGGUCCAUCGCCCUGACACAGGCUAGCUCUCUCCAAGAUGCACUCCGUCUCCUGACGCUGUGGUUUGCCCACGGUUCGCAUCAUGAAGUGAAUGCGGCAGUUCUUGAGGGUUUCAAUGAUGUCAGCAUCGACGUGUGGCUCGAGGUCAUACCGCAAUUGAUAGCACGAAUAAACCAGCCCAAUGCGAGAGUGCGCUCCACAAUUCAUCGUCUUCUCGCAGAAAUAGGGAAAGCGCACCCGCAAGCCCUAGUCUACCCCCUUACCGUUACCAUCAAAUCGAAUAUCGUCCGUCGCUCUCAAUCAGCAAGUCAAAUCAUGGAUCGACUUCGUGAGCAUAGUUCCAAUCUGGUUGAGCAGGCUGACGUGGUCGCGCACGAGCUCAUUCGCGUUGCGGUGUCCUGGCACGAGCAGUGGCACGAGGGCUUGGAAGAAGCGUCUCGACUCUACUUUGGAGAUGACGACGUCCAAGGCAUGUUCUCUACUCUAGAGCCUCUCCAUGCCAUGAUUGAAAAGCCCGCAGAGACUCUGCGAGAGAUCUCCUUCACUCAAACAUUCGGACGGGACUUAGCUAAUGCCCAUCAUUUUUGUGAAGUAUACAAGACCACUAGUGAAAAGGGCGAUCUGAACUCGGCUUGGGACAUAUAUUACAUGGUGUUCCGCCGUAUCCAGAAGCAGCUUCCUAGCAUGCUCUCUAUGGAGCUUGAAUAUGUAUCUCCAAAGCUUCACAUAGCACGGAACUUGGAUUUGUGUGUACCUGGUACCUACCAAAGUGGCAAACCGGCGACACGUAUGAUGAGCUUUGUUCCACUUGUUGCCAUCAUUCCUUCCAAGCAGAGACCACGAAGACUGACUGUCCGUGGGAGCGACGGCAAGGGCUACGAUUUCUGCCUGAAAGGUCACGAGGACAUUCGACAAGACGAGCGUGUCAUGCAGCUCUUUGGCCUUGUGAACACACUCUUAUCUCAUGAUAGUGAAUCGUUCAAGCGUCACCUAAAUAUCCAGCCAUAUUCAGCGAUCCCUCUAUCCCAGCAGUCGGGCCUUUUGGGCUGGGUUCCGAACAGCGAUACAAUGCAUAACCUAAUCAAAGACUACCGCGAACACCGUCGUAUCUUGCUCAACAUCGAACACCGCAUUAUGCUGCAGAUGGCUCCUGACUUUGACAACUUGACCUUGAUGCAGAAGGUGGAAGUCUUCAGCUACGCUAUGGACAACACAACGGGCAAGGAUCUCUAUCGCGUUCUCUGGCUGAAGUCUAAGUCUUCAGAGUCCUGGCUCGAGCGCCGAACAACCUACACACGCUCUCUUGCCACUAUGUCAAUGGUAGGCUAUAUUCUUGGUCUGGGCGAUCGGCAUCCCUCAAAUUUGCUGGUCGACAAAUUUACUGGUCAGGUAGUCCACAUUGACUUCGGUGACUGUUUCGAAGUGGCUAUGCAUCGAGAAAAAUAUCCAGAGCGCGUCCCUUUCCGUUUGACGCGCAUGUUGACCUACGCAAUGGAAGUCAGCAACAUAGACGGCUCUUAUAAAAUCAGCUGCGAAGCCGUCAUGCGUGUCAUCAGGGACAACAAAGAAUCCCUCAUGGCCGUGCUGGAAGCAUUCAUACACGAUCCUCUGUUGAAUUGGAGGUUGGGCAAGCAGGACCCUCCGCAAGAACCUUCCUUCCAUAGCGAACGUCGCGCCAGUAUAUCGAACACUACUGCCAACAACAACAAUGCCACCACCACCACGACAACCACAACCAGUGCCCCUCGACCACCAGACACAGAAGUAGAAGCUGCUCAAUUUGCCGUUGGCAAGCCGAGCAGUGGCAGCAAAGGCAUGCGCCGAAUUUCUGCAUUGCCGAACGACGUUCUCGCCCCCCAAGAUGGUCAGCCUUCAGACACAAGGGAUGAGAGGAAUGCAUACGCAGAAAUUCAAAAUGCGCGAGCCGUACAGGUGCUCGAGCGUGUGAGAGACAAGCUAACAGGCAAGGACUUCGGGGGCAAGGAAGAGCUAGGCGUGGAGAAGCAGGUCAGCAAAUUAAUUGCACAGGCGACAAAUGUGGAAAACCUCUGCCAGCACUAUAUCGGAUGGUGUUCUUUCUGGUAA